GGAGAAAGUCAGGCAUUUAAAUAAUUGUUUUGGGAACUUUUCAAACCUUUCAGCCAUAUCUGAAACCAUCUACAAGAGGAAGAAGCAAGCAUCUACGAGAUAAAAAAAGAAUAUAGUCUUGCACUUUUAAGAUUUUCUUCUGAUCACACAACAGGAUGGAGGACCCUGUAGUAUCCACAGCAUCACGUACCAAUUCAAUACGGCACCAACACAUGACACAAGUGGCUUCCGGUGAUGAUCAGGACAAUGCCUGGGAUGCCGGUCCAGAGUGUUCAAUCUGCUUUUGUGCAUAUGACAACACCUUCAAGACACCAAAGCUUCUUGAAUGUACCCAUACAUUCUGUCUGGAAUGUCUGUCUCGCUUUGUGGCUAUUUCACCAGAGCAGGAAGGUACCCAGAUCACCUGCCCUCUUUGUCGGCAGCCAACAUCCGUGCCUGAGCAUGGUACACCAGAUCUAGCCACUAGCCAGGUAGUUUUGGGCCAACUUCCUGGCGACCAGCAACAACUGGAGAAUGUUUUCCUAGAUGGAAAGAGGCUGUGCUACUCAAACCCAAUGAUCCCCAACUGCAUCUGCAUUGACAUUGGCGAGCAUAAAUCAGAGGAGACACCGAGGAGAGAGGAGACAAGAGAGGGAUGUGGACACAAGCUGCUGCGAUUCCUAGGUUUUUAUGGGAACUGGAAGAGGCUUGUGCUUUUCAUCAUAGUGCUUCUUGUCAUCUUCUUUGUUAUAUUAUGGCCUCUCCAGUGCUUUAUCAUCUCAAACUCCAUGUCAGAAUGCUUCGGAGAAUCUUCAGACCUGGACGCAGGGCUCCUCUCUCCCAUCGCAAGGGCAGUGGGGUUUUGGAAGGCCUGCCAUGGCAGCGUCGGAUCAACAUUGAAGUGUUUUGAAAGCAUAAUUGACAACUGAAGAUGUCAUAAAAAACCUUUUGCACUCAACUGCAAUGGAUGACUUAGACCACAGUGUGCUGAUAGCAGAGCAGGACUGGGACUGCUUCUGUACGGACACUGAGGAAUGUUCUGUUCAGCAGGCCAAGCUUGCAGCCUUAGACGAGUCUGGCUUCAGUGACACCGAUGAUGACAAAACCUCUGUCCACUUGUCCUCUCUUUCCAGCCAGACCAGCCCUGAUCAACUCUGUGAAAAAGAUAGUGUAGAAGGACAAAAGCGACAGCAAAUAAGAGAAUGUAAAUUAGAACAUA